AUGGCCCCCCGGAAGAGGAAUCGUCAUGCAUUGGGGUUUCUUUGUUGUUUUGGGGGUAGCGACCUCCCUGAAAUCAACCUUAAGGACAAUAACCCCCUCCAAUUCCUUGAGUUUUCUGUCCCAAUCCCACCAGCAGAGGAGCUCAAUGCCAGAUUCUCCGAACUUGUGGAUGAAUUGGAUCUCACAGACAAGAACAGAGAGGCUAUGUUUGCACUCCCUCCAGAGAAGAAAUGGCAGAUUUACUGCAGCAAAAAGAAGGAACAAGAAGAUCCUAAUAAGCUUGCUACCAGCUGGCCGGAUUACUACAUUGACCGCAUCAAUUCCAUGGCAGCAAUGCAGACUCUGUAUGCUUUCGAUGAAGAAGAAACAGAAAUGAAAAAUAAAAUAGUUGAAGACUUGAAGACAGCUCUGCGGACUCAGCCCAUGAGGUUUGUGACCAGGUUUAUUGAGCUGGAUGGCCUGAGCUGUUUGCUGAACUUCCUGAAGAGCAUGGACUAUGAGACCUCAGAGAGCCGUAUACACACAUCCGUUAUAGGGUGUAUCAAGGCACUGAUGAACAACUCUCAAGGACGGGCUCACGUCCUGGCUCAUCCAGAGAGUAUCAACAUUAUCUCCCAGAGCUUACGGACUGAGAACAUUAAGACCAAGAUUGCUGUGCUGGAGAUCCUAGGGGCUGUCUGCUUGGUACCAGAUGGUCACAAGAAAGUCUUGCAAGCCAUGCUUCACUACCAAGUCUAUGCUGCAGAAAGGACAAGAUUCCAGACAUUGUUGAAUGAGCUAGACCGAAGCAUGGGGCGAUACCGAGAUGAAGUAAAUCUCAAAACAGCCAUCAUGUCCUUUAUCAAUGCUGUUCUGAAUGCUGGUGCCGGUGAGGACAAUUUGGAGUUCCGAUUGCACCUACGGUAUGAGUUCCUAAUGCUGGGAAUUCAACCCGUCAUUGACAAGCUAAGAGGACAUGAGAACGCCACACUGGACAGGCACUUAGAUUUCUUCGAGAUGGUCAGAAAUGAAGAUGACCUGGAACUUGCCAAGCGGUUUGACAUGAUCCACAUUGAUACAAAAAGUGCCACUCAGAUGUUUGAGUUGAUAAAGAAGAAACUGAAGCACACAGAUGCCUAUCCCUAUUUGUUAUCCAUCCUCCAGCACUGCUUGCAGAUGCCAUAUAAGAGGAAUGGAGGAAACUUCCAGCAGUGGCAGCUGCUGGACAGAAUACUCCAACAAAUUGUUCUUCAGGAUGAACGAGGAGAUGAUCCGGAUAUAGCUCCGUUGGAAAACUUCAAUGUCAAAAAUAUCAUUAAAAUGCUGGUGAAUGAAAAUGAAGUCAAGCAGUGGAGGGACCAGGCAGAGAAGUUUCGGAAAGAUCAUGUCGAGCUGAUGAGCAGGCUAGAGAAGAAGGAGCGGGAAUGUGAGACAAAGACCCAGGAGAAAGAUGAAAUGAUGAAGACACUGAACAAAAUGAAGGACAAGCUGCAGAAGGAAUCCUUGGAGCUGCGCCAAACCCGGGAUCAGAUGAACGACCUGGUGGCUCAGCUUAAUGAGUUUUCGGUACGAGACUGGGACUCUUCCCAUCCUUGGGGCAGCAUUUCCUUCCCACCCCCACCACCUCCCCCUCCAGGUGGCCCAUUAGCUUUGUCCUCUUCUCACAUGUCUGAGAAUUUGCCCCCGCUGCCACCCCCUCUGCCUUUCUCCAGCUGUCCCCCUCCUCCUGCUCCGCCACCUCCACCAGGAGGACCUCCUCCCCCACCAGGAGCACCACCGUUCUUCAGCAUGGGGAUGCCACCCACUUCAACAACCACCUUCAGCAGCAGCGUCACCAGCCUGAAGAAGAAAUCUAUCCCACAGCCUUCACACCCACUGAAAUCCUUCAACUGGGCUAAGCUGAGUGAGGAGAGGAUCCAUGGCACAAUCUGGAAUGAGAUUGAUGAUUUAAAGGCAUUCAAGGUGCUGGAUCUAGAAGAUUUUGAAAAGAUGUUCUCCGCAUAUCAGAGACACCAGGAAGCCUUUGUAUAUGCAGGAGCAACACAGAAAGAGAUGGGUUCAACAGAAGACCUUUACCUCUCCACAAGAAAGGUGAAAGAGCUCUCUGUGAUUGACGGCCGGAGGGCCCAGAAUUGUGUCAUUCUCCUUUCCAAGCUGAAGCUGUCUAAUGAAGAAAUCAGACAAGCAAUCUUGAAGAUGGAUGAACAAGAAGACCUGGCGAAAGAUAUGCUUGAGCAGCUGCUGAAGUUUGUUCCUGAAAAGAGCGAUACCGACCUGUUGGAGGAGCAUAAACAUGAAAUUGAGCGCAUGGCCCGAGCGGAUCGUUUCCUCUUUGAAAUGAGCAGGAUUGACCACUAUCAGCAGCGGCUGCAAGCAUUAUUCUUUAAGAAGAAGUUUCCAGAGAGGCUGGCAGAAGCAAAGCCAAAAGUGGAAGCUAUUCUUCUGGCAUCCAAAGAACUCAUCCGAAGCAAGCGUUUGAGGCAACUCCUGGAGGUAGUUCUGGCCUUUGGGAAUUAUAUGAACAAGGGCCAAAGGGGCAGUGCAUAUGGCUUCAAAGUCUCCAGCCUGAACAAAAUUGCAGACACAAAAUCCAGCAUAGACAGGAACAUUACACUGUUGCACUACUUAAUUAUGAUCUUUGAAAAGAAUUAUCCAGAUAUCCUAGAUAUUCAGUCUGAGUUGCAGCACCUUCCAGAAGCAGCAAAAGUCAACCUGGUAGAGCUGGAGAAGGAAGUCAACAACAUAAAGACCGGAUUGAAAGCUGUUGAAGCUGAACUGGAUUAUCAGAAGAGACGUAUGCGGGAAUCAGGGGACAGGUUCGUUCCUGUCAUGAGCGAUUUCAUCACUGUGGCCAGUUUCAGCUUCUCGGAGUUAGAAGACCUUCUCAAUGAGGCUAGAGACAAGUAUGCCAAGGCACUGAAGCAUUUUGGAGAGAGCGAGGGCAAGAUGCAGCCAGAUGAAUUUUUUGGCAUCUUCGACACUUUCUUACAGUCAUUUGCAGAGGCCAAGCAAGAUUUGGAGAAUAUGAGGAAGAAAAAGGAAGAAGAGGAGCGUAGGGCACGCAUGGAAGCCAUGCUAAAAGAGCAGAGGGAAAAAGAGAGGCGACAAAAGAAAGCAAAAGCUGGAAGCAUCUCUGAAGAGAGUGGGGAGUUUGAUGACCUGGUGUCAGCAUUAAGGUCGGGUGAAGUCUUUGACAAAGACUUAUCCAAGCUUAAGCGUAACCGCAAGCGUUCGGGGAACCAAGGCUUAGAGACAAGCCGGGAGCGGGUGGUGACAAAGCUAAAUUAUUAAUUACAAGAGGAAGAAAAAUAAUCAACCAAAAGAAGGUGAUGGAAAGGUGCAAAACAAGGAAGAUGAAUGUGUGCAAUGGUGCCUGGCUGACAGCUGCCUCAAAGGAUUUCUUUGGUCUGUGGCUAGAGACGUUACCUUUCCAUGAUCAGCUUUCCUCUCAUCCCUCUUCUGUGCUAAUUUGAACCAUUAUUAAAGAGCCUCUGUGGAGCCAGCAGGACCUGUGACUGGGCCAUGCAGAGCUGACAGAUUUGCUUCUAGGAGUUUAUUGUGUCAUCAAAGGCCUCGUGGUGAUGACCGAAAGUACUUGGACUGCCUCACAGCUGGAGAAAGAUAAAUUUCUGUGUGCCAAAGUCAAAACUAGUCACCAUCUCCGUCUUGCUGAUGAUAAGCAAGACUAAUUUCAGAGCAGCUCUGUAAACACCUGUCACUUCUUCAAGAUCUAGACUGGCCUUCAGGGGCUUCUCAAGAUGUGGUUCUCAAGGUUUCCAAUUCCAUUUCAGAACUGGAUUUUAUAAACCAUUGAUUAGCACCUGAAAAACACCUUUGAUCUCAUGUUCUGUAUAGUAUUUUUGUGUGGCCUACACUGUCCAAAGCAAGCGAUGUUCAGACGGAAGCAUCAGGUUCUGGAACAAAUUGAAAUUCAAAAAUCGUGAUCAACAUAAAAUACUUUGCAAAAGUCUUUUGGAUUCUGCUUUUCUAGAAGUGGUUUUCUGGAAUUUCUUGAUGGUUGAACCUCGAAGGUAUGAAAUGCAUCUUCUAGGAAAGAAGCUCUGGCUUUUCUCUAGAAAACUAAGCCACUGCCAGGUUGGGAUUACAAGUAGA